AUUGUGCGCAAAAUGAAUGAAUGCAUUGAUUGAGUGAUUGAAUGGCCGACACUUCGAAGGUUAAGGAUAUCUUAGAGACGUUUCGGACGGAAGAUCUGCAGGAAGUGCUGAAGGAGUUCCGAUUGCCAUUCGUUGGCCGCAAAACAGAGCUCUUUCAACGCGUUUUGUCACUCAUUGAUGACAACGUAUACGAUUCAGACGUGUGUCUGAAAGUGAAACAACACAUCCAUCAGAUCAACAAAGAGAGAGAUAUGUCCCCAACCCUCGACACUUACGCCUCGAAAGGCAGGAAGAGGUCCACUCGCUAUGAGUCGGACGACAGCUAUAAUGAGAGCAACGAUGAGGCGUCCGAAGAAGAGGGAGAGUUAGUGGAUGACGAAGAGUCGGAAGCAUUCGUGGUGUCGGAUAACUCCGAUUCCAGUGAUUUCGAAGACAUCACGAGUAAGACGAAGACGUCUACUAAACGGAAGCGAAACGUGACGAGUGGUAGCAGUGAUGAGUCGUCGGACGCGGACUCAGACAAUGUGUUUCAGAAAUUUAGGAACAAAUCCCGAUCUCAGCGACAGAAGGAGAAGGAGGAGAAGAAAGAGAAGAGAAAGCGUGAAAUGCAGAAGAAGUUGCAGAAGAGACCGGGGAAGAAGACACGAGUGCAGUACGAGUCGAGCAGUGAUUCAGACAAUUCAUCGGAAGACUCGUUGAAAAUUAGGUCCAAAACAAAGAAGUCAAAACCGCCGCUCAAGUACUUAAGUGACAGCUCCAGUGAUGCUUCAGUCGCACGCGUCAGCACUACUAACCAUCAAAACACUGUGGAAGAAGACAGCAGUGACGACGACAUUGAGAUCAUCGCUGAGAUCCCAGCGGAGCGGUCGACGAUUAAC